UUUCCAAAAUAAUAUCUACAGUAUUUAUUUAUCGGCCACAGCUCACAAACACUGACACAGGCAGUUGAAAAUUAAAUGGAAAAAAUACCUAUAGUAAUUAAAGUCAUUGGACUCUUUUUGAGCCUGAUUACAGACUAGUCAUUUGUUGGUUCAGACACUACCGAUAAAGUACCACGAAAGAAACUCAAAGAAUGAAACACCUUCUGCCCAUGGUAGUCACCAAUCCCUUCAAAUACCCCUUAAACCUGCGGACGAUGCUGGUCAUGGACCAUCGGUGCUCAAUGGCACAGUCGGCUUGGUGAUGUUCCCGAAGUCCUCUGAAGGUGGAAAUAGGCUGCAUCCCAUUUGGAAAAAGAGCAAAAUUAAUAUCUUUCCCCAUUUUACAAGACACAAUGAACCUGGUGGUCAAAGUAACAAUAAUUCAACGGUGCAGACCGAAAUGACCAUAUCAGUGCCAGAAUUACGGACGGAUGUUUCGGGAAACAUUGUGUUUGAUAAAUGGUUCGCUACCAAUGGAGAUUCCCAAGUAAAUUCUCGCGUUAAGGAAUAUUACCGCGGCAGUCCCUCCACUGUAAAGUUUCGCGCCCCAGAACGCCCCAGAAUGUAUUCCCCCGGACAUAGAUAUGGCCUCUCCACAGUCUGCCGGAAAAGGUCCACAGUCUAUAACGUUCCGAACAUCUUUUUAUAUCUAAAGCCGCGCAUUUACAACAGAGUAUUUAGUUUUCGGGCGGUGUGGAUGGACCUUCGGGAGGAGAUCUGGAAGGAAGGAAAUUCGCAAGAGUGUCACCAGGCUAAUAUGACAGAUUGGUGGAAGUAUAUCAAUUGUGCCAUAAGGCGGAACAUGCGAAUGGAUUAUCUAGUUCCGAUGUACCCCCUACACCAACAGGGAUACUAUUUCCAUCCCGAUAUUAAAUUCUAUAGAUAUGUUAAAUAAAAGAUUUGUGUGGUUGUAAAACUCAAUA